AUGGGGUCGGCAGUGAGGAACUUGGUCAGGAGUCUGCUGGUGCUCUGCUGGCUGACCUGCUUCUGCAGCGGGAUAAGCUCCAUCGACGUUGACCGGCCCGGUGACGGGAGAUGCCAGCCGAUAGAAAUCCCCAUGUGCAAGGAUAUAGGGUACAACAUGACGAGGAUGCCGAACCUGAUGGGACAUGAGAACCAAAGGGAAGCUGCCAUUCAGCUGCACGAGUUUGCCCCCUUGGUGGAGUAUGGGUGCCAUAGCCAUCUGAAAUUUUUCCUCUGCUCCCUCUAUGCUCCGAUGUGCACAGAGCAGGUUUCUACACCGAUCCCAGCCUGCAGGGUUAUGUGUGAGCAGGCCAGGCUGAAGUGCUCUCCUAUUAUGGAGCAGUUCAAUUUUAAAUGGCCAGACUCCUUAGACUGCAGCAAACUGCCCAACAAGAACGACCCCAAUUACCUGUGCAUGGAAGCCCCCAACAAUGGAUCAGAUGAGCCGCCCAGAGGAUCCAGUAUGCUGCCACCCAUGUUUCGUCCACAGCGGCCCAGCAGUGGCCACGAUCUGCAGCAGCAUAAGGACAGCCUCAGCAGAACCUCCUGUGAAAAUCCUGGCAAGUUCCACCAUGUGGAAAAGAGUGCUGCUUGUGCACCGCUCUGCACUCCAGGGGUUGAUGUUUACUGGAGCAAGGAUGACAAACAGUUUGCUGUCAUUUGGAUUGCCAUCUGGUCCAUUCUGUGCUUCUUCUCCAGUGCGUUUACUGUACUCACGUUUCUGAUAGAUCCCCAGCGAUUCAAAUACCCCGAGAGGCCCAUUAUCUUCCUCUCAAUGUGCUACUGUGUCUACUCAGUGGGGUACAUUAUUCGCCUCUUUUCAGGUGCUGAAAAUAUUGCCUGUGAUAGGGACAGCGGCCAACUCUAUGUCAUCCAGGAAGGACUGGAGAGUACCGGCUGCACCAUUGUGUUCUUGGUUCUGUAUUACUUUGGUAUGGCAAGUUCCUUGUGGUGGGUAAUCUUGACUUUAACUUGGUUUCUAGCAGCUGGGAAAAAAUGGGGGCAUGAAGCAAUUGAAGCAAACAGUAGCUACUUCCAUUUGGCAGCAUGGGCUAUUCCAGCUGUGAAGACCAUAAUGAUCCUAGUUAUGAGAAGGGUGGCUGGAGAUGAGCUGACAGGGUUGUGCUAUGUUGGAAGCAUGGAUGUGAAUGCCUUGACCGGGUUUGUACUCGUUCCUUUGGCUUGUUAUCUAAUCAUUGGCACUUCUUUUAUUCUUUCUGGGUUUGUGGCCCUUUUCCAUAUCAGGAGGGUAAUGAAAACAGGUGGAGAAAAUACUGACAAGUUGGAGAAGCUUAUGGUCAGGAUUGGUGUCUUCUCAGUCUUGUAUACAGUGCCUGCAACUUGUGUGAUAGCUUGCUACUUUUAUGAAAGACUUAAUAUGGAUUAUUGGAAAAUAGUGGCCACUCAACAAAAAUGCAAGUUGAACAAUCAGACUAAAAAUUUAGACUGCAUGAUGAAUAAUUCUAUUCCAGCAGUAGAAAUUUUUAUGGUCAAAAUUUUUAUGUUGUUAGUUGUGGGCAUUACUAGUGGUAUGUGGAUCUGGACUUCCAAGACUCUUCAGUCCUGGCAAAACGUUUGUAGUCGAAGAUUAAAGAAGAGAAGUAGGAGAAAACCUGCAAGCGUUAUUACCAGUGGAAUCUACAAAAAACCUCAACAUCCACAGAAAACUCACCUUGCAAAAUACGAAUCGACAUUGCAACCACCCACUUGUGUGUGA